UAAGACUUAUGUAUAAUUCCUUUACGUAUUUCCUCUCCUGGGAAUUCUGGUUUAAGGAUCAACUCCAGGUGGAAGUGGGCGUAUAUAAGACAGGGACGAGGACCAGGGGAAGUCAGUGUCCGUUUGGGGCAUCCUGGAGAGAGGACACCGCACAAGGAUGAAGCACGGUGUUUUCUUGGCGCUGCUUCUGGCCAUGGCGCUUGCUGGCCCGCUGCCCGACGCCGACCCAGCUGCCGUGCCCAGUGCCAACCCGGCUGCCGCGCCCGUGGCCAAAGCAGAGGCCGCGCCCGAGGCCAAAGCAGAGGCCGCGCCCGAGGCCGACCCGCACCGCAGGUGGAGGUACGGGCGCCGGCGCCACGGAUUCGGUGGAUAUGGCCUCGGGUUCGGCAUCGGAUUUGGCCACGGCGGAUAUGGCCAUGGGGGAUACGGCCACGGCGGAUUUGGCCAUGGGGGAUACGGCCACGGCGGAUAUGGCCACGGCGGAUAUGGUCAUGGUGGUUACGGCCACGGAUACGGCCAUGGACAUGGGCAUGGAUAUGGCUACCACAGGCCACACUACCACUAUGGGUAAUGAUAGUGAGCCGAUACAUAAUGACUUGACGCUGAGAUCGCAAUCACCUUCUACCGAGACGUCUUCCACAUGCCCUGGUGAAGGAAGGGGAUUUCCUCAACCACAAUUUAUUGUACAUGUCGUUAUGGCUGUAAUACACUAUCAAACUGGU